AUGUUGAAAAGGGUCCUCGUAAUAUGCUUGCUGAUUUCGUGUUACGCGUGUGCUGAUUCCGAUGUGUUGGAAGCGGAAACGAGGGCGAAGAAGAAGAAGAGCUCGGCUAAAUUGAUAGGAAUCCUCCUCCUUCUCGCGAUAUCAAAGAUCGCGAUCUUCAAGACCAUCUCCAUCUUCCUGACGAUGAAGUUCUUUCAAAAGCUGCUGAUGGUGGGUGGGGUUCUGCUGAAGUAUUUCCUGAGUGAUAAACCUGCCACUGUUUAUGGGGCACCCAGCUACGACACGGUGGGCUACAGCUAUCAGGAGCAGAGCCAGCAGGGGUACCCGGGAAUGUCCGACGUAGCGAACUUCGACUGGCUUGUUAAUAAAAAUGUUUAG